GAAAGCGUGCAGUGGACCAGACACUCAGUGAGGUCUGGGCAUGGUCAGGCUGACCUACCAAUUCAAAGGUAUGGCUGACUUCCAAGUGCUCCCACCAGGGUUGAACCAGGUGCCAUACAAAGCUGAAGCAUUAGACCUUAGUAUCUUCCAGAUUCAGUGGUACGAGUCGUCCAGAUUUCCAACAGCCAAGGUGACGGGGACCCAGGUCCCAGCAGCAGUAGACAGAGGAGACAGCUGUUCCGAGGUAAGUCAAAUCAGAUCUGCCGAGGUGCAGCCUACAUCAAACAAAACUAGAGGCUGUCAAGAAGGUCUGCUGGCAUUGGUGAGCUACUACUUCACAAACGUCCGUGGAAGAUUUGUGGGUGAGACUGGGCUACGACCCCGCUCCACUCCUGAUAGCAACGGUACCAGUGCCUUGACUAUCGCCAUCCCACGAGAGAAUAGCCGCUGUCAGCACUCUCGAGUGCCAGGAGAAGCAAACUCAGGAAAGGCUUCGAUUAAGAGGAGCGUCGACUGGCUCUGAAAUGUGCAGACGAUACAGCCCAAGCUAGAGACUAGACACCAUUCACUUCACUGUCACGCGUUUCCACCAUUUUCAAACAAAAUGAGCGAUCAAAUAGUUUUAUUCAUGAUGACAAUAUGGAGUAAAAGCUUUGGAGUGUUACGGAUGAUAAGAAAGUACACUUCUAUCCCUUCAAACUCGACAAUAUAUCAGGGCCACUGAAGCAAUGUUUCUGGAUGUGAUGACAGUCUCCCUGUCUUCUUGGGCUUUAUACUGGCGGCCUUUGCCAGCUUAUUGAGAGCCAGAACUAGACCCAGAAACACGCAAUGAUCCACGACUAGACAGGUUAACACUCCUCUUUCCCUUAUGAUCUUUCUGAGAGUUGGCUCGGGGUACUUUUCGUUCAUGUUUCCCGCCGACGGUUAACGUUUGUUU